GGCAGGGGAUUGUAUUCUUGAGAAGCUCACAGAAGCAAGGUUUGCUCCCCUCCAGCAGAAGAACAACUAUAAGGAGAGCAACUCAUUUCAUGGAAGGAAGUAGUUCGGGUAACAAUGGAAGUGGUGGUCCCGAUUUUGGGAUUUUUUGUUAUUGCGGAGAACUAACACCAUUGAGGACAUCUGGAACACAAAAGAACCCAGGUCGAAGGUUCUUCGGAUGUGCAAAGUAUAACCUAAAAUUGGAUUGUGGUUUUUUUUGCUGGUAUGAGCCUUGUAUUUUGCAAGGAAGGGCUAAUUUGGGGCCAAUGAUGGUUCAGACAAAAACAAAAGCUGUGAGGACUGUUGAACAAUGUGAGAGUUCAGUAUCCAUGAGCAUUAGUGAAGAAAUGCAAAGGACAACAAUCACAAUGCAGAUGAAGAUUGAAGCCAUGCAGAAGGAAAUUGAUGCAAUGCAAAUGAGAAUGAGAAACGGGGGAAAAAUAAAUUGGAAUUAUCUUUGGAUCAUUAUUUUUUGUGUUGUGUCGUACAUGUGUGGCAAAAGCAGCUAG